AACUUGCCGUCUCUACUCUCUCCAUCUAUAGGCUUUUGAACCAGAUGUUUAAUGUGAUUUGAUAUUACAAAUAAUAUGGAAUGCCGUCUGAAAUCUAUCUAUCUAUCCUUGGUCUGAAAUGUUUGGUGAAAAGCAUGCGCGUGUGACGUUUGACCUCUACACUUCCACCAAACGGAACUUUAGAGUUUGUGUUUCCAUGGAAACAAGAAAAUCGUUUCUGUUGAUUCUCUGUCAUUUGGAUAGACUGGCACAUUCCGAAGACUAUCCUUGUUAUGUGCUCUUCAAAUACUGUGAUAUUUUCUAUUGCCAUCAAUUAAAAUGCAUUCAAAAUCCAACCUACCAUCUUCAAGUUUUAUUUGAAAGUAUGAAACGACUGAUUUCUCUAUCAAACGCAAUACUUCAGUCUUAUUUUAUUUAUGUGCCAAUUUUAUUAUAAAAACCACUUUUAAAUGAGUUCAAAAAAGAAAAGUUUGAGGAAAAAUUCUGAUUUACGUAAGAGUACCAGGUUAAAGAAAAAAGCGCCUGCAUCACCACCAAAAGACCUAUUAGUGAAUAAGAACUUAAUUACUGUGGUAGAUAGUGCCCAACUGCCCUUGAUUCUUCCAGGAGUCAAUCCAACUACAACUGUCCUAAAAAGUGCAAGCAAUUGGAAAAGUGAAGCAAAAGAUGAUCCAGGACUGAAUAACAUUGAUUCUGAAGAGUCGAAAAAAAACUUGAUGAUUUCCGAAGAACUGAACCGGCAAAUGAAAAAUAAAAUUGAGGUACUUUCACAAGAAAAUGCUAGCCUUCAACAACGUGUGGAUGAACUUUUGGCGCAGCUGACGGCACUCGAGGUGAAGUGUCCACCUGCAAUACACGGCAGGGCGUCUGAUCUGGCUGCUAGCAAAAUUGUCGAAUUGAGUAAGAAAAUCAGAGAGUUGACUGCUGAAUUGGAGGUGACCAAACUCAGGGCUCGAACUCUUGAGAACGGUGGCAAAGAUUAUCUGUCGAGGAGAAACUCUUCUGAUACAGCAGAAAGUAUAGAAGAUGAAAAUCGAAAAUCAAUUGAAAUCAAAGAGCUGACCGAGAAGCUUAAUUCAGCAAAUCUCAAGUAUUACGAAGCAAAAAACCAAUCCCAAAAACUGAAGCAGGAUUUGAAAGCUGCUCAUAAGGCAUUAGCCAACGAAAUUGGAGAGGAGUACUCGGUUCAGAGUGCGCUCACUGGAAAUGGAUGGAGGGGGAGAGCACAGAAAAUCACUUCAUUACAACUCAAGGUUUCCCAACUUUCGGAAAAAUUGGCAAAUCAACAGUCAUUCCAAUCUCAAAGUCAUGAUGUGUUGGUGAACGUUCGACAAGCAGAGAAAGAUAUGAGAAAUGAAUUGGCCAAAGAACUCAAAGAAUGUAAAUCAGAACUUGAGCAGACGAAAAACAAAUUCAAUGUUUCAAGGAUGAGAUGCAAAGUAUUGGAGGGUGAAUUGCAGUCGAAUAAGGAGAAAAUCAACUCAAUUCUAAGCAAAUCCAAUCACGAUGACCAGCUAAUUACUGCUUUAACAAGUCAAGUGAAUAGUCUGAAGGAGAAAUAUAAUAACGAUGUGACCAAGGCAGCAUCGGAAAUGGAGAAGAAAUGCUAUGAACUUGAAGAAAAAUUACAAAUGGAGAAAAUGAAGACCGCUCACCUGCAAAAUACUUUGAAUAGUAGAGACGAUAGAAUUGCUCAUCUCAAGGAAAAGACCCAUGUGCUGAUUAAGAAUAAAUCAAAAGAGAAAGUCGACGCUUCAGAAAUGACACAAACACGAGAAUUCGGCAUCAAUACAGCUCAGGACCUGUUGAACCAAAUUUCCGAAGCUGAGCGAAUACGUCUUCUGGAGCUUAUUCAGGUGCUCAAUAAACGUAUUGACGCCCAAAGAAACUCAUUGAAUCAGCAAGAAGAAGAAUUGCGGAACGAGCGUCAAAAAUCAGCCAAGCUUGAAACGAAAGUUGCCAGAUUGGAACUGCUGAGAGUAAACAACAACAGUGCCGAUAAAAUGUACUCAUCAAAACUUUCCAUUGAUGACAACAAUGGAAACUCUCAUAUCAAUGAGAAAAGUCAAGAGAGGAUAGAACUUCUGGAAGAGCAAUGUGCAACUCUGAAGACGAGACUGCGUUGUCUGUCACAGGAGAAAGUGGAAGACGUGCAAUCUCUCACUAAUCUAUUGGAAGAGGCCAAGCUAAAAUUUAUGGAAGCUCUCAAAUCGAGAAGUUCGAGAGAAGUACAAUUUGCUAUACCAUCUUUCUGAUGUGCGAAAUAAAUCUGAAGUCAUUUUUUAUUAUACUGCCAUAAUUUAUGUAUGAUACAUAAAUCAAGAUAAACAUCCAGCUCUAUUUUGAUUUGGUCGUAAUAGCCUAAUUAACGUGUAAUAUUUAGCGUGGAAAUUGUAAAUUACGGUACUGAAUAAAAAUUUAACAUGAAA